GUUCUUGUAUCUAGAGUUCUACACCACAACUCCCGUGACUUUGCCCGAGGUGAUUGCCUCGACAUAGACAAGGGAUCUUGCUAUAGCCGGUUCUUGGCAGCGAAAGACUAUGUCGGCAAGAGGCCAAGCCGUGGAUUCCCGUAAGAGAAGUGUCUCAUCGCGUGCAAGGAUGGCAACGUUCACGAUUGCCCCUUACGACAACCCAGAAUCGCACGUCAAGCAAAAAUCUUGAAGUGGCCGUGUCAUCUGGACCGAAUUCUCGUGUUCUUCUUCACUUACACCGAAUCGUCACCAUUCGUUUUUGAGCCUUGAUUUUCAUUCUUUUGUCAUUCAUUUUCAUUCUCACAAGGCGAUCUGGCAUCGUCUCACAUCAGCUAUACGACAUUUAACUUUCCAAACGCUUGCAAUAUCCACGAAAUUCGGUACCUUUUUUCGAAAACACAAAACUCCUGGAGAGCGACACCUAGAAGGAGACUGAAAAUGCUGCUCCAGAGAUACCUCUUCCUCGUCGCCCUCGGCAAUGUGGUUAAUGCUUCACCUGUCCUGGUCACAACACCGCAUCCGUCAGAACCUCAACAAGUGACUGUUCACAAGACGGAGACGGUGCACGUUACCCUACCACCAGAGACUGUCCACGAGGUCAAGACGGUGCAUGUUACCCUGCCACCAGAGAUUGUUCACAAGACGGAGACGGAGCAUGUUACCCUGCCACCGGAGACUGUCCACAAGAUCGAGACGGUGCAUGUUACGCUGCCACCAGAGAUUUUUUACAAGACGGAGACGGAGCAUGUUACACUGUCACCGGAGACUGUCCACAAGGUCGAGACUGUUCAUGUCACGGCAGAACCACAAACCGUUCACGUCACCGAGACUAUUCACGUCACCGAGUCUCUUCACGUCACCGAGUCUAUUCACGUCACCGAAACUAUUCACGUCACUGCGCCCCCGCAAGUUGUACAUGUUACAGAGACAGAGACCAAGGUCAAGAAUGUGGUCGAAACGAAAGUCCAGGAGAAGCUUGUCACCACAGCCAUCGAAAAGCCUGUCACUGUUGUGGAGACGUCUGAGGUUGAGAAGCCCGUCACUGUCAUUGAGACAGUUCAUGAGCCCGUCGUCGAGCACGUUACGAAGACAGUGGAGAACCCCCAUCCAGUCACCGAGACGGUACAUGUCACAGUGACUCCAGCAGAGUGUGAAGCUGCACAUGCUCCGCCGACUCACACCGUGGUUAUGGACCACCCGCAGGACACUGUGGUAGACAAACACAGCAAGGAGGAAGGCGUGGUCAUGGGUCAUCCGCACACCGUGGUGCAAAUCCCAUCACAAUCCCCCACGUUGGAAUUAACGCCAGGAAAUCACCAAGCCUCUGGAAAGAAUUCGACAGUCGUGGCUGGUCCAUGCCGUGGGUGCUAAGGAAGUGGUGAGAGUGGCUCGAUGAUUUAAUUUGUAAUUAGAGAUUUAUACCAUGUGGGCUGGAUAGGGGACCUCUGAGUCGUAGGAGCACGAGGUACGCGAGAAUGAAGACCCG